AUGAGGCAGAGGAAGCUGGCGCUGCUGGUUGGCAUCUUCACACUGACUGUCCUGCUCAUACUGAGACUGGGCCACAUGAUACACCCGGUGAACCUGAUGAGAGAAGAAAGACCCUCAGCUGAGUCUGGCCCAUGGACAGAAGAACCCACACUGCAGCCAGACCAGCCAUCAGCAGAGCCUACACUGCCACCAUGGCAACGGGCACCCACUGAGACCAUCACCCCCAUCCCAGGCUCCAGACACCUCAUGGUGUCUGCCUUCAAGGACCACAGACUGGGCGGGGCCAUCCGGGUCAUCAGCAUCAUCUGCAGGCAGGAGCUGCAGCCGCUCUACUGCGUCCUAUGUGCCAACAAUGAUGUUAACGCCAAUGCUGAUGCUAGCACAGAUGCUAAUGCUCUGAAUCGAUGCACAACUUCACAGGCAAAAGUUGACGUGCACAGGGACCACUUUGGCUUUGCUUGUCACAUGUCAGAUGUGUUUUGCACGAGUCCAUCAUCACAGCAAGCCACACAUGUUAGCAUAACAACUAACCAAACCGCCAUCCACAAUGUGACAUUUUUACUAAUCCAAAACCAGAAGGUAAAAGAAUCAUUUAGGUAUAACUUCACCAUGUGCAUAUCCAACCUGUUUGGGGAGUACAAUAAUGCCCUCCAGUUUGCACAGACCAUGGAGGUGUACAAGCUGAUUGGGGUUCAGAGGGUUGUCAUCUACUACACCAGCAGUGGCCCAGAUAUUGAGAAAGUCCUCAUGUAUUACAGGAGACAGGGUAUGCUGGAGAUUGUGCCUUGGCCAAUAGACAAGUUCCUAAAGCCUUCUAUUGGGUGGAGGAUUGAUGUGCACCCUGGGGAAGUCCAUUAUUACGGACAGCUGACCACUCUGAAUGAAUGUAUAUAUAGAUACAUGUACCAGUCAAAGUACCUCCUGCUGAAUGACAUUGAUGAGAUCAUGAUGCCUUACGACCAUGCCAACCUGGAGGAGCUGAUGGACUCACUACAGCUGCAACAUCCUGAUGCAGGAGUCUUCAAGAUCAAAAACUAUGUCUUCCCCAAAACGCAGUUUGAAGACAGCGGCCGAUUUCGCCUGCCUCAGUGGAGCAGCGUGCCUGGUGUGAACAUUCUGGAGCACAUCUACAGAGAGCCGUACAGGUUGAGCGUGUUCGACCCCACCAAGCUGAUUAUCAACCCCCGGAGAGUGGAGCAAACAUCAGUCCACUACGUGAUUAAGUACUUCGGACGUGUGGUCACCGUCCCAUUCGACAUAUGCCUGACUAUCCACACCAGGGUGCCAAAGCAAAGAAAUCUUCCCAAAAAACAGCUGCUUGUGGACAAGAAACUCUGGCAGUUUGCAAAAAUGCUAAUACCCAGGACUGAUCAAGCACUGAAGGAAUCAGGCCUGAUCACUGUGAAGCCUGCCCCCAUGACAUGA